CACCUUUCGGGGACUUGCAGUCCUUUCGUGUACUCUUCUGCUAACCAAACGAGCUCCUUUAAAGCAUUCUCAUCGGCUAAAUACCGAAGUCACGACAAACAACUGUAAAACUAAACAAAAUGAAGAGUCCCGCAGACGUCACUGUAGAAGAUCAUCAUUCUAAGAAACAUGAUCCCCUCCGAGUCAAACAUGAGGAGUCCGAUAUGCCUUGUAUCAAACAGGAGGCGGAGCCAGAGACCCCCUACAUCAAAGAAGAAGAACAGGAAGAUGAAAUCCCCCAGUUUCCAAUGCGUGUUAGUGUGAAAAUCGAAGAAGAAGAAGGUCCAAGCGAAGAGAGCGGAGCAGCAAAAUUUUCGAGCGACAGCUCAUUUCAGCACCUGACAACAAAAGGAGAGGGACAAUCGCAAACAGACAGCCUCUUAGCACCGCUUUCAGACAGCGACGACGUAACGUCACACUCUUCUGACUUCAACACUGAUGAGGAGGAAGAUGACUUUGACCAAAAUGCUUCGGAAUCCUUAAACAAGUCAUUGAAAAAAGACACUCAAGAAUGCGGAAUGAGGAAGGCUUUUCCCUGCUCACUUUGUGAUCAAACAUUUUCUUGGAAACAUCUUUUAAAAAAACACAUUCGUACACACACUGGGGAGAAGCCUUUUGGCUGUACAUAUUGCGAUAAAAGAUUUUCAACGAGAAGUCAUUUAAAACAACACACACAUACACACACUGGAGAAAAGCCUUUUGCCUGCUCACUUUGUGGCAAAAGAUUCACCCGGAAGGGACAUUUAAAAACACACACACUCACACACACAGGGGAGAAGCCUUUUGCCUGCACACUUUGUGAUAAAAGAUUUUUUCAGAAGACCAAUUUAAAAAAUCAUCAGCAUACACACACUGGAGAGAAGCCUUUCGCCUGCACACUUUGCGAUAAAAGGUUUUAUUGUAAGGCUUAUUUAGAACUGCAUCAGCGUACACAUAGUGGGAAAAAGCCUUUUGUCUGCACAACUUGUGGUAAAAGAUGCGCCAACAAGGGAGAUUUAAACAAACACACAAGGACACACACUGGAGAGAAGCCUUUCUCCUGUACUCUUUGCGUCAAAAGAUUUUCAACGAGAAGUCAUUUAAAACAACACACACAUACACACACUGGAGAGAAGCCUUUCUCCUGUACUCUUUGCGUCAAAAGAUUUUCAACGAGAAGUCAUUUAAAACAACACACACAUACACACACUGGAGAGAAGCCUUUCUCCUGUACUCUUUGCGUCAAAAGAUUUUCAACGAGAAGUCAUUUAGAACGACACACACGUACACACACUGGAGAAAAGCCUUUUGCCUGCUCAGUUUGUGAUAAAAGAUUCACUCAGAAAGGAAAUUUAGUCUUGCACGAAAGAAUACACACUGGAGAGAAGCCUUUUGCCUGCUCACUUUGCGGGGAAAGAUUUUCUCAGAAGGUAAGUUUAGUAUUGCACACAAGAAAACACACUGUGGAAAAACCUUUGAAUUGCAAUGUGUGACCAAAUAUUCUGAUUCCUGCCACGCAUAUACAGUGGAAAAAGUAUUUCAAUUUCCUGACGCAGUUUCCCUUCAGCCUCUUUUUGAAAAAGUUGUUCUAAUGACUUUGCAGGUCCUGUUCUUUUUAACAACUGUCCAAUAUUCUGAUUUUCUUAAUUGAAUGAAUUGACGUUAUAUGUUUUUCUUUUGGGAUUGUUCCAUACUGCUUUCUAAAGCCCACGGGCGUAGGUUUGGUCUCAACAAUGGUAGGGACGCUAUAACAGCAUAGCCUGCAUAUACACUUUUUGCUGGGGACGGGACAUUAAUAAGACCAAACAGAUUGGGUGAACGUGGGUCUGGGCUACAUUUAUCACAAAUAUGCUGAUGUGUUGCCUACGUAAAAAUGAAAGUUAAAAUAGGUAUUUUCAAGGGAGAAAAUGGGGGAAAUCCCUCUUUCUUCAUAUAAAGGAAAUUUACAGUGGAUGUGUUUUUGUGUUUUUUUUUUUUUUUAAAGAAAUGUUUGCAUAGGCAGCAAAUAACAUUUUUAAAUGAAUAACGGAGAAAACUAAUAAAUUUAAUCAAUGAAUAAAUGCACAGUUGAAGUAACGUUAACGGUAGAAAACAUACAGUACAGGAGGAAACUUCUCUAAGCUGCUUCCAACUCGAGUUUUGCAGGUUAGUAAGUUCACACAGUUUAAUGUUAUGCUAACUGUGAUGCAGGUCGGACUUUAAGUAACAAAAUUAGUGGCUGUUCCCCACCUCCACAACAUUGACGUGUACUUACAGCUGCUGUUGUUGCUGGCCGAAAAAAAAUUCUAAUGUCCCUCGUCUUUGAAGGGGGUGGAGGAGGCGGCAAGUUGACUUGUAUUUCUGUCGGGGUUGUGUGAGUAUGCGUGUUUGUCCAAGACAUCAGCCAACCAAACGUGCGUUUGAGGGCAAAAAAAUAGACCGGCACAUUCAGCAGUGAAAAGGGGUAAAUGUAGGCCUGAACAUAAUGAAAAUACAGUAAUUCACUUAAUAAUGGAAGGGUCAAUUCUAUUCUUACAACCUAUGUGAAGACAUUAUUGAUUAUCAUUAAUAAUUAUCAAUUAAUAUAUAAUCAAUAAUUAUAUAAUUCAAAUACAGUUGCUUAAAAGUUGGUGGGGACAAUUUGAGUAUCCUGAAAAGUUGGUAGUGUUAUGUCCCUACCAUCCCGAUGCAAACCUCCACCCUUGCUAAAGCCCUUUUCAGACUUGUGUCCCGUUAAAUUCCCGUGUAAGGUGACGCAGGAUUUAAACGUGUCAUACCUUUGACACAUGGGGAAAUGUCCCAGGAAUAAACCGGGUUGUAUGUGUGAAAGUGGGUUCCCGGGUUGGCGUCUCGGCGCUCUCUGUGCGGGGAGGGCGGCUGGCGCGAUGUUAUAACCAGAGCAUUACGUCAUUUUUGGUCGGCAUCGGCUGUCACAUUCUGUUGGUCAGAUCGUGUUUUGUUACAGAGCGUUCCCGACGUCGUACCUGAAGUCUAUUCAAGGUAAUCAAGACUGUAUUUUAAGCUCAGGCGAUCCAAGAGAAGGGUGCCGAGAUUUCAACUUGCUGGGCGCCAUUCGACACUUUGUACUCUUGAAUGUCGUGCAUUUGCUGGCUUGUCAACCGCCCUUCUUUUGAAAUCCUCUACGUUGUGCUGGCAUUUGGGUAUAUUUAUUUUGUUAUCGGUUCUCUUCCUACCGCUUAGGUUAAUAUUAUUGAUCCUCGCCGUUUUCACGGACAUACAGUGGCUUGCAAAAGUAUUCGGCC